UUCAGUUUGUCCUGCUGAUUUUUGAAGAAGAGACUACAUAGCUAGUUCCAAAGUAAAUUCUUUACUCUGUUUCAUAAAACACCUUUGAUGCUUCGUUCUCUGCGCAAGAAUCCGUGGCUUGGGAUUACUUUGGCUGCGGGGGCUGUUGCAGCAAGCUGGCUCUACCGGCGUUAUGCCAAUCAUGGCAGAGGAGAAAAUACAGAAGAGGAAAAUGACGUAGUUGAUGGGGAUCAGCCACAGGAUAACGAUCACAGUCACAGCACCAGUAAGAGCAGAGAAUCUGCCAGUGAAAGCCAAGAGGGUCAUGUAGAGACGUCUCAUCCACCACGAGAUGGAACAGUCCAAGAGCGAGCUUGGAGUGCUCACUGGUUUCAGAUGUACAGAGAUGCUGGACAGCAAGGCAUACCUGGCCAACAUCCACCUCCAGUUACAUCCGAUGGAGGAAGCUGGCAGUUACCUGUGAGCACCGGCGAUAUAUUGCAAGAUCCCCAGCCUCCUACCUCGUCACUAAAUGCGGGCCGUGGCAGACUCGCUGACCCAAUUGUUUUGAACGACUACGAUCCCAGUCCCUCUCUUCUCCCUGCUGAGCCCACAGUGACAGCUGCUACAUCUUCAGCUGGUGGGUUCCGCCUCCCUCCCGUACCCGAAAGUGUAUCAGCAGUACGCCAGCAAUGAUUGUAUCCUAACAAACAAUUAUCCGUCCUGAACUUGUCACCCUUGCUUUGUACAUACGUGUAGUUUAGCUCCCCUUGUCCCUUAGCUGUAAUGCUGGCAUUUGUUGUUUCAGUACUUGUUGUAUCGCACGUGAAUGUGCGUGUUCUAUUAUUCAGACUUAUUCCAAACACAUUGUACCCCUCCUUCCCCCCCCCCCCCCCCGAGGAUCUUUUUUUGCUAUUCUAGUCAUGAUGCAACACUAAAGUGCUUUAUUUGGAAACAACGAUCCUCUCAAAUGUCUAGCCUCUCAUCACUGCACAUACUUUUGGUACUUGUACCAUGCUGCUUUUUUUAAUGUUUAAUUUUUAAUCAAAUAAACCUGGACUGUAUAAUAUAUAGAUAGCGCGAGCGCAUGCCAUGGGUUUUUUUGUAUUCUUGACUUUUGAAGAAUGAUUUUAUCCUGUUACUACACGUGCUGCAAACAAAUGGGCCAAUUGUCUCUACCAAGGGUACGCAACCUCA